UUCUCUCUUGGAUCCCCAUCUUUCGCUUUGGAAUUCACCAGCGACUAAGGGGACAAGGGGGAAAAAAACCUCAGUUCCCAACAAAAAAAAAAACUCGGGGGAAAGAACAAUUCCGCAUCUCUUUUGCGAGAUUUUGAAAUUCAAAACUCUUUUUUUUGAAAUCUGGGUUGUUCUCGUUCUUUGUUCUUCUACCUUACUGUUUGAUUUAUUCUGUUUGAUGCGUAAUGCUCUUGAGAUUUUGAUGCGUUUGUUUGGGAUGCGAGGAAUUCUUGAUGGGUCUCUGUACUUCGAAAUCUCAUCCUAGCCCCAAUUCCCCGAAUUCCGAUCGUAAUCCGUAUAGGAACAGUCCUCUACCUGCUUCAGACAGCGUCAAGACUCCACCCUCGAGCUCCCUCCAUGGCGAAAACCCUAGCGGCGACGAUCAGUGUGUAGAGAACGGUGGAGGACGCAAUGAGGGGAAGAAAUCGCCCUUCUUCCCGUUCUACAGUCCCAGCCCCGCUCACUACUUCUUCUCCAAGAAGACUCCGGCGAGAUCUCCGGCGAAAAACGCCGCCAGUGGGAACUCCACACCGAAGCGGUUCUUCAAGCGGCCUUUCCCGCCUCCGUCUCCGGCUAAGCAUAUCCGUGCGGUGCUUGCGCGGCGGCACGGCUCCGUGAAGCCGAAUGGCGCGGCGAUCCCGGAGGGGAGCGAAGCCGGCAGCGGCGUGGGACUAGAUAAGAACUUUGGAUUCUCGAAGAAUUUCUCGAGCAAGUACGAGCUCGGCGACGAGGUUGGUCGUGGCCAUUUUGGCUACACUUGUGCCGCCAAGUUUAAGAAGGGCGACAAUCAGGGCCAACAGGUCGCUGUAAAGGUUAUUCCCAAAGCCAAGAUGACAACGGCUAUAGCCAUUGAAGAUGUACGGAGGGAAGUAAAGAUUUUGAGAACCUUGUGCGGUCAUAAUAACUUACCCCAUUUCUACGAUGCUUACGAGGAUCACGAUAAUGUCUACAUAGUAAUGGAGCUAUGUGAAGGAGGAGAACUUUUGGAUAGAAUACUUUCAAGAGGUGGGAAGUACACCGAGGAGGAUGCAAAGGCUGUCAUGAUACAAAUUUUCAAUGUCGUUGCCUAUUGCCAUCUACAGGGUGUAGUUCACCGGGAUCUCAAACCUGAGAAUUUCCUCUUUAUGUCGAAAGAAGAGAACUCCCAAUUGAAGGCCAUAGAUUUUGGUUUGUCUGAUUACGUGAGACCAGACGAAAGGCUCAAUGACAUUGUUGGUAGUGCAUACUAUGUUGCACCUGAAGUUCUGCAUAGAUCUUACAGUACAGAAGCUGAUAUUUGGAGUGUCGGUGUUAUUGUGUAUAUUCUGUUGUGUGGAAGCCGUCCCUUUUGGGCCCGGACUGAGUCAGGGAUCUUCCGUGCUGUUCUGAAGGCAGACCCAAGUUUCGAUGAACCUCCCUGGCCUUCAUUAUCUUCGGAAGCUAGAGAUUUUGUGAAGCGUUUACUAAACAAAGACCCACGUAAAAGAUUAACAGCUGCACAAGCCCUAAGUCAUCCAUGGAUAAAGAACUCAAAUGACGUGAAGGUGCCCUUGGAUGUAUCAGUGUUCAAACUUAUGAGGGCUUAUCUUCGAUCAUCCUCUCUCCGUAAAGCUGCAUUAAGGGCAUUGUCGAAAACUUUGACUGUAGAUGAGCUAUUUUAUUUGAGGGAGCAGUUUGCGUUACUAGAACCAAACAAAAAUGGAACUAUAAGUCUGGAGAAUAUCAAAGAGGCACUAAUGAAAAGCGCGACAGACGCAAUGAAAGAUUCACGAAUUCCUGAAUUCUUAGCACAACUUAGUGCCCUUCAAUAUAGAAGAAUGGACUUUGAGGAAUUCUGUGCAGCGGCAUUGAGCGUUCACCAGCUAGAGGCACUUGACCGGUGGGAACAGCACGCUCGUUGUGCGUAUGAGCUUUUCGAGAAGGAAGGAAACCGACCGAUCAUGAUCGAGGAACUUGCUUCGGAACUUGGACUGGGGCCAGCAGUGCCGGUACACGCUGUUCUCCAUGAUUGGAUUAGGCAUACAGAUGGAAAGCUCAGUUUCUUGGGUUUUGUAAAACUGCUUCACGGUGUUUCUAGCUCUGCCAUUAAAGCUGCUCGUUAGAAGGUUCUGUAAUCAGAAGAAUCCCCUCUUGUUGCUGGUUGCUCUCGACUCAGACAACGACAGGAUCUUCACUGUCCUAGUCGUGGGUUAUUUAUUUAAUAUAUGGAAGGGCUAUUUAAAUGGGUUAUUUAUGUCUGUUUUUUUUCUUCUUUAUAUUGAUGAAAGCAGAAGCACAGAAAAUGUAAGCUAAAGAAGUGAGAGUGAAUGUAGUUGUAGAUGAGGUUGUUUCCCAAACCGGGUCCAUGAUGUUCUGACAGAUUUGUUUAGAAUUGGUUUGACAAAAUCUUAUAUCUUCACUCCGUCUUCUUUUGGUUC